AUGGUUGAUGCGCUGACCGGAUAUACCCACUCAGCCGCCUUUGAUAUAGGGAAAUUGCCCGUGAGCGAUAUCCACACUCUGCAUUACGAGCAGUACGGCAAACAAGAUGGGAAGCCAGUCCUCUACCUCCACGGCGGACCCGGCGGGCAUACCUCAUAUGGCAACACCAAAUACUUCAAUCCAUCCAUUUACCGCGUGGUACUGUUUGACCAACGUGGUGCCGGGGGAUCAACGCCCGUAGCAGAACUCCGCGAGAACACAAGUCAGCACCUAGUCUCCGACAUUGAAGUGCUACGAAAACACCUCCAAAUCACGAAAUGGCACCUCGUCUUCGGUGGUUCGUGGGGAUCGACCCUAUCCUUGCUCUAUGCACAAGCCUACCCGGAGAUGGUAGGCUCCUUGAUACUAAGGGGAAUAUUCACUAUCAGGAAAUCUGAACUGGAGUUCUCGCGUGGGUCAACUGGUGCAGCAGACAUCUUCCCCGAAGCCUACGAAGCAUUUCUCAAUUAUCUCCCCGAAAAGGAUCGGGCGAGACCAAACGAGGCUUACUAUGAUCUCCUUGUUUCGGAGGAUUAUGAGACAAGGGUUGCUGCAGCGAGGGAGUGGAAUAGGUGGGAUCUGAGUAUUGGGACUUUGAGACCAGAGCCCGAGGCUUUCGUUCAACUGAAAGAUGAUGCGUGGUUGCUUGCUCAUGCGAGACUCGAGGCGCAUUACUUCGUGAAUGGGGGGUUCCUAGAAGAAGGUCAGAUUCUCAAAAAGGAGAAUUUGAGGAGAAUUAGCCAUAUUCCGACCACUAUUAUCCAGGGUCGCUAUGAUAUUGUCUGCCCACCGCGGACAGCCUGGGAUCUGCACAAGGGCUUGCCGGACUCACGAUUGUUUUGGACUCCGGAUGCCGGCCAUAGUCCUAGUGAACCUGGAACGCAGGCCAAACUGUUCGAGGUCUGUGACGAGUACGCCGAGGUUGACUUUACUCAAUGA